UGGAGGGGCGUCUGGCGAGGCCCGGCGGAUGCCUAAGUGACUGGCAGCCCCCGAGCCCGCCCAGGGCUGGUCCGGGCCUGCAGGGAACAUGGGGGUGCUGAAGGCCGGACUGUGCCCGGGCCUCACCGAGGAGAUGGUCCAGCUUCUGAGGAGCGGCGGGAUCAGGACAGUGGUGGAUCUGGCAGCUGCAGACCUGGAGGAGGUCGCCCAGAAGUGUGGCUUGUCCUAUAAGGCCCUGGUCGCCCUGAGGCGGGUGCUGCUGGCCCAGUUCUCAGCUUUCCCCUUGAAUGGCGCCGACGUCUAUGAGGAAGUGAAGACCUCCACUGCCAUCCUGUCCACCGGCAUUGGGAGUCUGGAUAAACUUCUCGAUGCUGGUCUCUAUACUGGAGAAGUGACUGAAAUUGUAGGAGGACCAGGUAGCGGCAAAACCCAGUUAUGCCUUUGCGUGGCUGCACACAUGACCCACAGUCUGCAGCAGAAUGUCCUAUAUGUUGAUUCUAAUGGAGGGCUGACAGCCUCCCGCCUCCUCCAGCUACUGCAGGCUAUGACCCAGGAUGAAGAGGAACAGGCAGCUGCUCUCCAGAGGAUCCAGGUGGCACAUGUGUUUGAUAUCUUCCAGAUGCUGGAGGUCCUGCAGGACCUCCGAGAUACUGUGGCCAAGCAGGUAAUGGGUUCUUCAGGGAUUGUGAAGGUGGUGGUUGUGGACUCGGUCACAGCGGUGGUCUCCCCACUCAUGGGAGGUCAGCAGAGGGAAGGCCUGGCCUUGAUGGUGCAGCUGGCUCGGGAGCUGAAGACCCUGGCCCGGGACUUCGGCAUGGCUGUGGUGGUGACCAACCACUUGACCCGAGACAGGGACAGUGGGAGGGUCAAACCUGCCCUCGGACGCUCCUGGAGCUUUGUGCCCAGCACCCGGAUUCUACUAGACACUAAGGAGGCAGGAGCGUCAGGCAGCAGCCAGCGCACAGUGUGUCUGACCAAGUCUCCCCGUCAGAAAUAUUGCUGCCCACUGCCACCCAGCACCUGGGACUGCAGAAGUACUCAGGCUGAUCAGAAGAGAUGUCUCACUCUCUGGGGAAGCACAUGAAGACCCAGGCCAGAGAGGACACUGCAGUGGGAGGACCCAGCCGUGUUGGUGCCAAGUUUCCUUCCACUGGUUCAUCAUCUGUGUUCCCAUUGGGAGCCAGGUUCACCCUUGCUUGGGGGCAUCUCUAAAGAGGCACACCAGUGACAGGAUGGAUAGCACAGUGACUGAACCAUGGAGACACUAGCUUCCUUUGUUUCCCUUCUGUAUUUUGGUUUUGGUCUCCGUUUUUCCAACUGUAAGAUUAGCCUCCUUUUCCCUUAGCUUUAUCUCUGAGUUAUUGGGUAGAAAUAGCCUCAUAAAUGAAAAACUUUUUUUCAUCUACAUCCUGCUCUUAAAAAUAUAUAAAAAGAAUAUUCCCUGAACUCCAGACUCACCUGAUUUCCCCUCAGAGGUUGUUUUUCAGUCUCCCCCAGUGAGGCCCCCAAAGAAUGAUUCUUCCUUUCCUCCUGCUGAUUUGGUUUCACACACCUGCAUGCAUCACCAUGACCAGGUGAGAAUGUGAGCUUGCUGCUAUCCCAGGGAUAUAAUUUAACAGGAAGGAAGGACAUGACCUGCUCCUGGUGAAUCCAGCUACUUGUUUAAUAUGCAUGGGGCCGUGUGGGUCCCUGCCACCGUAUAGAGUAACCAGAGGUGGUGAACCAUGGCCUCGCCCAUAAAUAGUCAGAGGGGACUUUGCACAGUAAAUAGAGCCAGCUGGGAAAGUUGAUGCUGGCGUAAAUAAUACAUGGCAAAUCUAGUCCUUUAUGCAGAAAUUCAUUGCUGGUGGCUCCGAGAUACAAUAUAAUUACACCUCUCUUCCUGCCAGCUGUACCACAGCCUCGUGCCUUAGUGUAUAAAAUAACCCCCUUGUCUGUUACCAACACUGUGGUCAUCCGUUUGGGAGCUGUAACUGUGGCUGGGAGGGGAGGAGGAUGCCAGGGAAUAGAAAAUAAAAGGCAGAGUAGAGAAAUGAUCAGUAUUGUUUACUGACCAUAUUUUUCAAAAAGAAGGUUGUCCUUGGUUAGAGAGUCUAUUCUGCAAUUAGUUGUGUCUUGGCUGUAGGGAAAGAGGUCAUAGUUACACUUAGAACAUAGGACAUUGGGGCGGGGGGAAGAGGGGAGAAAUGACCCAAACAUUGUAUGCACAUAUGAAUAAAAGAAAAAAAAAAUAGAAGAUAGGACAUUUACAGGUGACAGAUACUGUAGGGUUAGAAGCAAGAAUGGUGGAUGGGGAAUCAGUGGCAAACUGGCUUGAGGAUGUCUUCUGAGGGAGGAUUGGGUUGAUAAGCCUAAACCCUGUACUUAAUAUGAAUUUAAUAUGAAACGUAGGCUGGCCUCCAACUUGUGAUCCUCCUGUCACUGCUUCCUGAGUGCUAAGAUUACAGACAGAUGCCACCACAUGGAGUUCUAUUCCUGCUGGGGGACAGACUAGCUGAAGGUGCACAUCCUCUCCCAGGUGGCUGCUGUGGCUGCUCUAUCCAUGGGAAAAUGCUCCAUUCCCUACUACUCCAGACUACCACACCACAUUCCUGCAGGCAUCCAUGGCAGACAGACCGCUUCGUCUGUUGGGUCUUGCUUUGCUUUACCAGUGUGUUGCUGCACUCUAUUCUGGCCACACCAUGCAGUCCCCUGGACUCUGGCUUGGGGUGCCUUUUGCUCACUUGCUUACGUGUAUGCCUCCACCUACUCCCACUGUGUCUGGCAUGCACUCACCCCAAAAUUCUCCCUUUUAUGCCUCAACUGUGGCCUACAUAGGUGUUUAGAAUAAGUCCCUGGUACUACUACUCACUUGUGCUUUCCUGUGUCUGCCCCUGAGCCCUGGGUCCACUCCAAGGCUCCCAGGCCUAUUGUUCUCUUCUUUGUACCUCCUGGGAGCUUAGGAACGAGUGAGUUUAAUUCAUUUUAACAAUAGCAAAGGAGCAAUGCAAGAAUGUUUUCCUCUUGAUCCAGUCAGUCAUUACAUCCCCCAGUCUCUUUAUAGUUUGAUAUAGGAGACUUCUAUUUCAUUUCUUUGAAAUUAGACUAAAUUCAUAUUAAGCACUUGAUAGCCAGCAAGUAGGCACUUGACUUCCCAAACUAUCAGUCAAAAUAUCCUUAUAGUAUUGUCACUGUUCACCUCAAGGAACAAGGAGGCAUCAGCAAUAAGGAUGCUUAGUCUCUGCUAACCUAAGUCCAAGGUGGUUAACUCUGGCUCACUGUCAAGUAGCAUAGGGUCUUCCAUCUUUCUGCUCUGUUCUGUUUUAGGGUUGGUUUUGUCUUCAAGCUCUUUGCUCUCACAAAGCCUGGCUGCAACCAUUCUAAGCAUCAAUCCAGACAUGACAAUAUAGGCAAGAAAGGGAGACCAUUGUCCUGAUCUCCAGCUCCUAAAUAGCUGGGAUUACAGGCAUAAGCCAUCAUGUCCAUCCAACAUGUAGGCUGUAAAUUUUUUUUUCUUGUGGUAGUGGAGUUUGAUCUCAGGGCCUUGUGCUUGAUAGGAGCCACGUCUCCCCCAGCCCUUUUUGUCCUUUGAAAAACAAGAAAAACACAGAAUUUCCAAAGUGGACUUACUGCAUAUCUCUUCGGUACAGAGUUGCUGCAUGUGCCCAUGGCUAAUUUAGUAAUGGCAGGAAAAAAAAAAAAAAAUGGGGUCACUGUCAUGGGCUCAGACCCACCAGGAAAUAGCCCUGGCAUUGGCACUGGGGACGAACUUACCUGAAACAAUGCUGUGGUGUACUAGGUUUGUAUUAGAGUUGAAAAGUUUAGCUGGAAAUAAAGCUGAAUAAAAAAUAAAUAACAAGGUAGCAUCCCUGUGUGUGGAGGAACUAGACAUUGGGUGGGCCUGCCACAGUCCCUGUGGGCUCAGUCCCUGUGCACCAGUCUCAUUGUGACCUUAGGACAGCUAAGUAGCAUUGGAAGUCAUUCCAUCUUACAGACAGUAAAUGGGAGAGCAGUGCAGUUUAGGACAUGAAGCUAAUAAGUGAUAGCAUGGGACUCCAAACUUGAAUCUAUCUGAUGCCAAAUCCACUUCCUUCCAACU